GACACAAGAGGAUGAUAGUGAGGCGAUAAGCAGCCAGCAAGAGUGCCGCCGCCCGUGUCUUAAGCAGUGCGUCUUUCGCACAAAAUUUGUCGUUUUGAAAAGAAACAACCAACGACUGCGAAGAAAUGGUGUACUCGCGGCUUACCGAAUAUACACGAGCACUUUGCAGCGGUGGAAAUCAUUCUACAAGGAGCAAGGACAUUCUCUGCGCGAGUGUCAGCACCUUGUUGAGUGGCGCGGCCCUGCCUGGAUUACCACCGACCAGACCAGCUUCCUUCUCCAUGUUCCAUCACUGAAGCAACGCUAGCCGACUGUCACGGUCUCCCGGGAGCCCACGCCACAAAAGCGCAACUGCUUAAUUAGAAACUGUUCCGUCCCAGAACGUCGCUGUCAUGGAAUCGCUGAAGAGGCAUCCAGUCUUUGGGCUAGAUUCCCGAUGGAGUUGGAUCACUGCGCUUUCCUGCAGCUUGUGUCUGUUCAUGGGGAACGUGGGUUCCAGGGUCUUCGGCAUCGUGUACGUCGGUAUCAUCGAAACAUUCCAAGUGUCCCGCGAAGAGGCGACGUGGCCGCUGACCAUCUUCGAUGUCGUCACAAGCUUUGCCAAUCUACUGUUUGGCUUCAUUUGCCGACGUUCCUCCUCUCGUGCUGUGCUCCUCGGAUGCUCAUUUCUUGGCCCCGUGGCGAUCGCUUUGUGCUAUUUUGCACCCAACGUGGCCUUCAUCACUGGCUUCUACGGCGCUGUUAAUGGUAUUGCGUUUUCCGGCCUCAUGGUGGGACUGCACGUGGUCAUCGCCCAGUACUUCGAGAAGCGACGUGCCACGGCGUUCAGCGUAUUCUACACUGUAGCGGGACUGAACACCUUUUUUGUUCCACCAAUAAUUGAAUAUUCGCUCGCCGAAUUCGGGCUUCGAGGAGCCCUGCUCCUUCUUGGUGCCAUCUCCCUGAACGCCUUCCCCGCUGCGAUCAUUCUUCGCAGCCCUCCGUGGGCAGACCCAACGCGCCAACGUCACCGAUUCACGCCAAGACCUGCAAGCAAAGAGGCCGUGCAGCAUGCCGACGAAAAUGUCUCUCUCACAAAUGAUAACAAAGCUAACAACGUUACAUCUGGCGACAACGGCACGACAAAGCCCUCGAAGAAAUCUCCCUCUACAGAUGCUAAGACGGACAGAAGCUCAUUUCACGCCGCGAAAAACUUCCUCACGCUCAGGUUCUGGGUUGACUCCACGUCCUUCGGAGUGGUUUACCUGUCGCUUGCCUUGUUCGUCAUGCUCGUGGUGGACCUUGCCAAAGAUCGCGGGGUUUCGACCGCAGACUCCGUCUACCUCUUUCAUGCGUUCAGCGUGGGCGACGUCGUCAUGCGAGCGCUCAACGGCUGGAUUGUGGAUGCUGGCUUGCUAAGCGUGAAUAGCAUAAUGGGGCUCGGAUUUUUUGUGCAAGGAAUCGGCUUUGUGUUGAUGGUUUACGGCGUCGCUUUGCCCGCGCUUGUGGUCGCUUCGUUCCUGCUGGGCGCCAGCAUCGGCUUCAGAAUGUCUUUGGGGACCAUCGUGCUCAUCUUGGACUUCGGCGUGGAGGCUCUUCCAAUUAUGAUCGGUGGUUUGGGCGUCGUAACCGCUCUCAACAGCUGGGUGAGGGCACCGCUGGUUGGAUACUUUCGAGACAAGCAUGGAUCCUACGAUGGGGUUAUGCUCAUCAUGGCAAUUGUAUCUCUCGUCUACCUGCUCAUUUGGGAGGCAAGAUUUUUUAUAAAGAAAAUAGCGCAACGUAGAAGAAAGGUCCAAGUGCCAGUUGAAUCGGGAAAAGAAGCGGUCACUACAACGACCUGAUUUCAAAAUAAGCAUUGGUGCUAUAACUUAUGGUUAGUUCGGUCGUGACAAUUAUACAGCUCAUAUCAUGGCGCCAGUAUCUGCCUGACCUAGGUAGCAUCGUCCAGCUGUGAGCAUUUCUAUGCAUAUAUGUGUCAGAAUCUCUGUCACUUUAGUGAUCCAGUAUACCAGUGCAAGUCGCGGCAGCCGCAUUCAUAUUUCUGUAAUAAACUUGUCCAUUUUGACAGUUC